GAGAGAGAGAGAGAGAGAGAGAGAGAGAGAGAGAGAGAGAGAGAGAGAGAGAGAGAGAGAGAGAGAGAGAAUAGGCGGGCAAGGAGAAGGAGCUGCGACCGGAGAGAUGCUCUAAUCUCCAUGGCAGUGCUUGGAGCAGGCAGAGCAGGUUCUGUCUGCUGAAGACCCCCACACUCAUGGAGAGACCCAAAGGAGCCGCAGCCCACUGAGUCUGUUGGAAGACGAGACAAUAGGAAGCCAAGUGGGAAUGGAAAUCAGAGGAUCCCACCCAGCGUCCUAGCAAGGGUGCUUUUUCUCCACUCAAGGGAGAGGAAAGACAAGAUAUAUAGAGAGAGGGCUGUCUCUUUUGACCCUUAGCCUUGGAAUCCUCCUUCUCCUUUCUACCACAGCAAAUGACAUCUUAGGGAAGCCAUGAAAGACAAGGCAGUGGGGUAGGCCACAGGGACUUUUUUGCCUCAUUCUAGGGGGGGAAUUGGGAAACGGGGAUCAUAAGGGUCAUGGGGGGCAGCCUCAGUGGGGCUCCUGGGUGAAUCCAUUCCCCCAACCCCCCAGAACUUAAGGGGGGUGGGGGCAGAGGAAGAAGAGGAGGAUGGCUCGGGGCGGGACAGGGGUGGAGGAGGCCUCCCUCCGCUCCAAUGCCCUGUCAUGGCUGGCCUGUGGAAUGCUGGCCCUCCUGGCCAAUGCAUGGAUCAUUCUCAGCAUCUCAGCCAAGCAGCAGAAACACAAACCCCUGGAACUAUUGCUCUGCUUCCUGGCUGGCACCCACAUCCUCAUGGCAGCAGUGCCCCUCACCACCUUUGCUGUGGUGCAGCUCCGACGCCAGGCCUCUUCAGACUACGACUGGAAUGAGAGCAUCUGCAAAGUUUUUGUCUCUACUUACUACACGCUGGCCCUAGCCACCUGCUUCACUGUGGCCUCGCUCUCCUAUCACCGGAUGUGGAUGGUCCGCUGGCCUGUCAAUUACCGGCUCAGCAAUGCCAAGAAGCAGGCACUGCAUGCUGUCAUGGGCAUCUGGAUGGUCAGCUUCAUCCUAUCCACGCUGCCUUCCAUUGGCUGGCACAACAACGGCGAGCGAUAUUAUGCCCGGGGCUGCCAAUUCAUUGUCUCCAAGAUCGGGCUGGGUUUUGGGGUCUGCUUUAGCCUCCUGUUGCUUGGUGGCAUCGUCAUGGGGCUGGUGUGUGUGGCCAUCACUUUCUACCAGACACUGUGGGCCCGACCCCGUCGGGCAAGACGGGCCCGGAAAUCAGGGGGUAGAGAGGGAUCAAGAGGGGGAGGUCCAGGGGGCCUAGGAACCCGGCCAGCAUUUGAGGUUCCAGCCAUUGUAGUGGAGGAUGCCCGAGGGAAGCGUCGUUCUUCGCUGGAUGGCUCUGAAUCAGCCAAGACAUCCCUGCAGGUCACCAACUUGGUCAGCGCCAUCGUCUUUCUCUACGACUCACUCACUGGGGUGCCCAUCCUGGCAGUGAGCUUCUUCUCACUGAAGUCGGACUCUGCGCCCCCAUGGAUGGUGCUGGCUGUGCUAUGGUGCUCCAUGGUACAGACACUGCUCCUGCCCUCCUUCAUCUGGUCCUGUGAGCGUUACCGAGCCGAUGUGCGCACCGUGUGGGAGCAGUGUGUGGCUAUCAUGUCCGAGGAGGACGGCGAGGAUGAUGGAGCCUGCAAUGACUAUACUGAUGGACGGGUCUGCAAAAUUCGUUUUGAUGCUAACGGGGCUGCUGGGCCAGGGGGCCAAGACCCCACCCAGGUGAAGAUGCUGAGUGGGAGACACAUGCUAUUUCCUCCUCAUGAAAGAGUCCACUAUUUGCAGGUCCCACUGUCCAGACGACUAUCCCAUGAUGAGACCAACAUCUUCUCUACUCCUCGUACACCUGGCUCUUUCCUGCAUAAGUGGUCAUCUUCAGAUGACAUCCGGAUUAUCCCAUCUGCAAAUAGGGAACAUGGGGCACUCCGGGGCAUGGAAGAUGAUGAAGAGGAGUCUGGAGCAUUGACCAAUCUGCAUCAAUUCCUGGAAAGCAGAAUGCUAGGAGAAGGUGGAGGACCUCCAAGGGGCCCCGGCUUCUUCAGAGAUGAGAUCACUACCUUUAUUGAUGAGACACCUCUGCCUUCUCCAGCUGCUUCCCCAGGUCCCUCUCCCCGUCGGCCCCGGGCCUCGUGUCUCUUACCCCGUCGUCUUUCCCUAGGGUCCCCUGAUACUGGGGUAACUGGAGUGUCUACGGGGCUAUAUACAGGGCGACGGUGCUCCCUCACUGGAGUUGAGGGGGACUCGCAGGCUUGGGGGGGAACUUGGGGCCCAAACACACCUAUAUUUCACCCAUUGAGCCUGUGAGUCCAUGGCGAAUCCAACAAACUUAAGAGGAAGAGAGCCUGGGAUAGACGUCUCCCUUAACCUAGCCCUGUCUGCAACUAGCCACAGACUUGAACCCAGGACAACUGUCAGCAGCAGACUUAGAGGGGAAUGGGGGAAUUGGAUUUGGGGCAUUAUAGCUCUGACUACUAUGUCUAUAAGACUGGACCCUGCUCCUUACUUCCCAUCAUCCCCAGCCCAAUGUAUUAAAAUCUGAAGUGUUACUGUGGAA